AUGGUGCGCACGUCGAUAUUGACGUCGCUCCUAGCGGCCGUGUCAACCGCCCUAGCUGAACGGCGUGUUAUUCCGGGCGGUUAUAUCUUUGAAGUGGAGGAUGGCCAUGACGCGGCAGCCGUGAUCCAAGAAGUGGGCAGCCAUGGCACCACGCGAAUGCAUCUCAACUAUAAGCUCUUCAAGGGCGUGUCUGUGCAGCUGCACGAUCUCAAAGCCCACAAAGAGACAGCCGCCAAGCUGGCUUCCGCACCGAGCAUCAAGAGAGUGUGGCCCAUUGAGCUCCACGAUCUCCCUGAUGUCACAGGCGCCAACUCGAAGGCCUUGAAUAUCAAGGAUUUGGAACUCGGAGGCAAGACCGAUUCCGCUCUUUCAAGGCGCGACGUUAUGAAUGAGACGGACACUUGGCCGCCGCAUCUCAUGACUCAAGUCGAAAAGCUCCGGGCUAAAGGCAUCACCGGCAAGGGAAUCAAGUUAGCCAUUGUCGACACCGGCGUUGACUACACGCAGCCUGCCUUGGGCGGCUGUUUUGGCGAGGGCUGUCGUGUAUCCUUCGGCUAUGACUUGGUAGGCGAUCACUACACCGGGAGCAACGUCCCAGUGCCCGACCCCGACCCAUUGGACUGCGCCGGUCACGGCACGCACGUCACUGGCAUCGUCGCGGCUAAGGAUGAGUGGCUGCACUUCACCGGCGCGGCUCCAGACGUGACGCUCGGCAUGUACCGUGUCUUCGGGUGCCCGGCGGUAAGCGCGGGAGACGACGUGCUCAUCGGCGCCUUCAACAUGGCCUUUGAGGCCGGUGCCGACAUCAUUACCGCUUCAAUCGGCGGCAAUACUGGUUGGUCCGAGAACGCCUGGAGCGUUGCCGUCUCGCGCAUUGUAGAGCACGGCGUGGUCUGCACCCUCGCAGCAGGCAACGACGGUCGUUCUGGCGCCUUCGACGCAUCUGAGGCCGCCGACGGAAAGGGGGUAACUGCUAUUGCGUCGUUUGAGAGCACCGACUACCCUAGCUUUGGAUAUCCCUCCAAGGAAUAUAUCGACGGCGGUGAGGAGAAGGUGUUUGUCAAUGCACCGUCCGAGGCGUACAACUGGACGGGCAUUUCCAACGCGCCCGUGCCUAUAUAUCCGCUGUCUCUGGAUAUCACGAACAAUGCAGACGGUUGCGACCCUCUUCCGGAUACUACGCCAGACUUGAGCGGAUAUGUUGUCCUCAUCCGCCGCGGCACGUGCUACUUCUCGGACAAGGCCAGCCACGCAGCUGCCAAGGGCGCAAAGUAUGUCCUGUUUUACGAUAGCUACCUGGAUACUACGCUCUCCCGGUACUCGAUCCAAAACGCCAACGUUUCUGCUGCUGCCAUGAUACCCGCUCGCACAGGUCAGAGAUGGGUCAAUGCCAUCAAGGCGGGCCAUAAUGUCACUGUCCUCAUGCAGUACCCUAGAGACGCGGAUCGCUCGCUCGCUUUCGAGAAGCGGCCUGGCGUCGGCGGUUCAUUGAGCACAUUCACAUCUUGGGGUCCUACCUGGGAAAUGGAUAUGAAGCCGGUAGUCGGUGCGCCAGGAGGCAAUAUUUGGUCGACCUGGGUCGGAGGCUAUUCAGCUGCCUCGGGUACGUCCAUGGCGACACCGAUUACGGCAGCGAUCUUGGCCCUAAUUCUGCAAGUCCGCGGACCGACAACGCCAAGGAUGUUGGAUAAUCUGGUCUCUACUACUGCGAAGGCUCAAAACUGGUUCGAUGGCAAGAGCGUCUAUCCCGGUGACCUAGCCCCAGUCCCGCAACAAGGUGGCGGUAUUGUUCAAGCCUUCGACGCUGCCUAUACCACUACCUUGCUGGACCCAGCGAACCUUUCCUUCAAUGACACAGAUAACUUCGUGAAGCAGCAUGAGUUUGUCAUCACGAAUAAGGGAAGCUCCGCGGCUACUUAUAAGAUCACGCAUGUCCCCGCUUUAACAACAUUUUUCCUGGACAAGGAUAGCAUCUUCGGUAUCAGAUUCCCUCCUGAGGUCUCAAGAGACUACGCCGCGCUGGAUAUCUCAGCCGCUGAGGUUACCCUUCAGCCUGGGAAUCGCAAGAUCAUUACCGUAUCGGCUCGUCCUCCGUCGGGCAUAGACGCAAAGCGCCUUCCCAUCUGGUCUGGCUAUAUUACCAUUAAUGGCACGGAUGGGUCGGCCCUCUCUCUGCCUUAUCAGGGCGUGUCUGGCUCUCUUAAGGGCUCAACUAGCCUCGGAGCGGACUAUGGUUACAUGUCGUGGUCCAACGAGACCGGAUCACAGUACGGCAAUCCUACUCGCGCCCCUGCCAACUAUACUUUCACGCUGCCCACCCCAGGUACCACCGGAACUGGCCUCCUCCCCAUGUUGACAUUCAAUCUUGCGCUGGGCACGCAGGUGAUCAGAGCCGACCUGGUACCCAUGACAACCUGCCCGACCAAGAACAUGACUGGAGACGACCCGCUCGGCGGCAAGUAUAAGACAGUCGGUCAGCAUCCAGCUUUCCCCAUACGCUUGCUCCCCCGCGGUCUGGAAAAGGCAGUUUGGGACGGCUCGCUUGAUAGCGGAGAAUUUGCGCCUGCUGGGAGGUACAAGUUCGUCUUUCGGGCUCUGCGUGUCUACGGCGAUGAGUCCAAGGUGCAGGAUUAUUAUGUGGCCGAAUCUCUGCCCUUCAGGAUCGAGUACAAAUCUUCCUGA